GGUUGCCAGGAUGCGCUUCUCCGGUGUUUCCGGUUCCUGGGUUGGUCCCUUCCGAAGAAGAUCAGCAGCAAGAAAGCUUGGCACGAUCACCCUGUGAUCCCAGAGAGCCUCUGCCGCCAAAUCUCCUGGAAGGUAAAAAACAUCCCCGCCGUCUUGCUCCAGUGUUUGGAUCAUCUUCAGUGUCCCCAGGUUUCCAUCCGGAGAGCAGCUACCAUCUUUAUUGGCUGCGUCACUCAAUCGACAGAUCCCGUGGCCAUCACUGAAGAAAACAAGGACUUGAUAUUCAUCUCCCUUUCCAAACUGCAGCACGACCCGGAUCCUUCGGUCCGCAUGGCGGCUAUGGAAGCCAUGCAGAUGGUCCAGGAUGCUUGCGGGGGGCCCUCCAUCGCGCUUCGGAGCCAGACCCACUUCAACUUGGACAGGGAGGAGCGCCUCUUCUCCCAGGGACACUGGGAAGCGCCGGAUCCCUCGCUGACCCAUCGUUGGAAUCCAUCGUCCCCGGUCUCCCAUAGGAUAGUGACUGGCUUCGUCCGGAGGCGGCAGUCAGGGGCUGCACGCCAAACCUGA